UUACGCCUAGAAUCAUAAAUAAAAUGAUAAUGUAAAGUUUAUAAUCAGGAAUAUAUUUUUUAAACCAUGGCACGUAGGCGUUCAUUGUUUAUUGUGUUUUUGCGGAAAAAUUUGCUCUAUUUGUGGUAUUGCCGGACAUUUUUAAUCGGUACCUUUAUUUUAUGGACGGCAGUACAAUGGAAGUAUUUGCAUUGGUCAAAUAGAUCCAUCAUAUCUCAAGUCGACGAAUAUGAAAAUAAGGACCAUGAGGCCCUUCUAGGCUAUUUUCCUGGGAAUGAAUACGAUUGGAUAUAUUAUACACCCAAUACUGAUAAUACGAGACGCUUAAUGGAUCUUGUGCGAAAUGAACUAGGAAUUCAAUUUGAACGCAUGCAUGAGUACAACGAUAGUGCGGAAAUGCAGUUUGAUAUGGAACAGCAGUGCAGAGGAAGCUGCUUUGCCAUCAAUUAUCAGUCAUUACCAGACCUAGGAUCUGGCUCGGGCAUAAAAUAUAGUCUGUCAUCGAAUCGAUUACGCAGUUCCCCAAAGAAACGUUUUGUGAAUGAUGAAGAAAUGAAUCACCAAAAAAAUGAUGAUGAAUAUAUACGUGAGGGCUUCUUCACGCUACAGCAUGUGAUUGAUCUCCAGUAUAUGCGCUACCAGGAAAUUGAUCCAAGAUAUGAUCUGCUGGUCAAUGUUAUACCUAAUCUGGAGCUAGGCGCAUCUGACAGCUAUCGUUUGGUCAAUUUCGGCACGUUAUUCAGCAUAUUAUUCAAAAUGCUACUGUUAUUAACAUUUCUGGUUCCCUUUGUCGAAGAGAAGCAAAGUGGCAUUAAGGAGUUUCUAAAUCUAGUUACGCCCAUGAGCUUUUUGGACGGCCUUAGCUUUUUCAUUAUACGUAUUCUAUUGUAUGGAUGCUACCUGGUUAUCAAUUUGAUUAUCGCAUCAAAAUAUGGCGCCCUGGGCUCGAUUAAUUUUAUAUGUAUAUUUACCCUAUAUUUAUUAUAUAUUAUUGCAUCUAUGUCGUAUUCCUAUUUAAUAUCCGUCUGUUUUUUUUCGGUUUUUUAUGCGAAAAUCGGCGGAUUCAUCUUACUUAUAAUACCCUACGUGUUUAGUAUUGUACGAAGCUGGAUAUCAAAUUUGGCAUUUGUGUUACUUUCGACAAACGCUUUUCUGGAAGGACUCGAUGUAUUCCAAACCUUCUGCAAUAAGCAUCGCGAUUUUAAAUUCUCCGAUUUGAAUCGAGUUAUUAAAGAUGACUUCAGCAGCAUCUUUACGAUUUAUUUAACACUCAUAUGUCAGACCAUUUUUUACGUAUUGCUCUACAACUAUUUGGUGCGCGUAUUUCCCGGACCAGGCGGUCUGAAGCGUCCCUUUCUCUUCUUCCUAAAUCCCGACACAUAUAAGAAGCGUCAGCGAAAUGAAUAUACGACACAACCGCGUGGCGCACAUGCCAUCAUCAUCAGUGAUCUCUGCAAAAAAUUCAAGACAAGUAAACGCGAAAAUAACAUUGCAGACUAUUUAAAUAUGACGAUCAACAACAAGGAGAUCACUGUUCUACUCGGAUAUAACGGUGCCGGAAAGACUACUAUGAUGAAUAUGAUUUUGGGUAUCGUUCCAAAGGAUGCGGGUAAAAUUGUUGUUUGCAGCGAAGGUGAUGUUGCGUCGUAUCGCCAUCUGAUCGGCUUCUGUCCACAGCAUAGCGUUUUUAUGAGCUACAUGACCUGCCAGCAACAUUUGGAAUUCUUUGCCGAACUGCGGGGAGCGACACGAUUCGAUGCACGCAAAUGGGCCGAAUCGAAGCUGCAAAAGUUGAACCUCACAGAUAAAGCACAUAAAUAUGGUGGCAUGUUAUCAGGCGGCAUGAAGCGACGUUUAUCGUUAGGAAUUGCGAUAGCUGGAAACACUAAAAUUGUAAUAUUGGACGAACCAUCCUCAGGUCUAGAUAUCGAAUCACGCCGCGAACUUUGGGACAUUUUGCUAAAGCUUCGCAAAGAGAAGGCCAUUCUGGUGACAACACAUUAUAUGGAAGAGGCCGAAGUGCUCGGCGAUACAAUUUGUAUACUGGCAAACGGCAAGUUGCAAAAGACCGGAUCACCGUUGGAACUAAAGCGUACAUCGGGCAGUGGCUAUCGACUUAAGCUGGAAGCCCACGAGUCAAAUUUUCUUAAGGAAGCUACCUUAUCUGAAAUACGCAAAUUUAUAUCAACUGCUUCCCUGGAGAAUAUCGUGAAGCCUACGGUUUAUAUAAACCUGCCGUAUGAUUUUAACUUGAAGUAUCAUGACAUGUUACACAGUUUGGAGGGAGCUAAAGAUCGUCUGGGUAUUAUAACGAUUUCUAUUGCUGAUACCUCAUUAGAACGUGUGUUUUUAAAUUGUGCUGGAGAAGCUGAUCAAGUUGAUAAUCCCGAUGGUACCCGUAAUAGUCAACAUCCCUUGAUUCACUCAUACAAACGACUAGGAAAUAUUCAGCCAAAUUUCUUACAACUGUGCUCUGCUAUUUUCUACAAAAAAUUUACAUUUUUAACUAAAGAAUGGAAAUAUACCGCAAUUAUGUUAAGCUUACCUAUUGUUAGUAUCGUGUUUUCUAUUAUGCUGAUGCAUUAUAUGUCCGUGGUGAAAAAUGACGAAACUUUGCCACUGAAACUAAGCCAGCUACGCACAGGCACUAUCUAUAUCUACAAUCCAUCGGGCUAUGAUGGACAAUUCGAGCAACAAUUGCGUCAAUAUAUUCAACAGAAUGGAAUCAAUGCUAAGACGUUAAUGGUACGAAGGAACUUUACCAUUAUGCAGGAGUUGAAACAGAUGCAGCGUGAUAAUUUGGCUGACUUUCUUGAGGAUACCAUUGGUGUGAUUAGUAUUUAUGGAGCUCAAAGAUCCGGUGAGAAAUCGAAAAUAGAAAUGUAUUGGGAAAGCAAUCGUUAUCACAGCAGCAUCAUUCUGCUAAAUAUGUUGGAUACCUGCAUUCUACAGCAACUAGACGGACAGGAGAAAGCCUUUAUCAGUGCUAAAUAUCUACCCAUUAGGCGUUUCAUUAACGAUGUCAGCUCUUCUCGGCUCGAAUACUUUGUAGUCAUCGUUGCAGUCGCCAAUGUUUUCUACAUGUUCUACUACAUAGUAUUGCCUUUUAGGGAGCAUGUUAACGGCUUUUAUCAACUGCAACCUAUGUCACGCUUCACAUACUGGUGGGCCACGUUUAUAUUUGAUAUGCUAUUGCAUGGCAUCGUCUGUCUGACGUUGUUACUGAUUCAGCGCCUGAUAAUGCCAGAUGAGCUGUACAAAAUCGAAGAUCAAAAACUAAUUGCAUGGAGUGUAUUCUUUUACGGCUGCAGCUAUUUACCCAUUUUGUACGUUCUGGGUAAUAACUUUGAAUCCAUAUCAACAAUUUCAACAUAUAUUCUGUUUAUGCUUAUUGUUUCAGAGAUUGCACCUUUAAUCACCUCUACCAGCGUUCAGGCAAUGAAAUUCCAUGAAACAAAAAUUGCUUUCCUGCGCUUUUUGCCCGAUUUCAAUUUGAAUCAUCAGCUACGCAUAAUCAACGAAAACCUUUUGGCGCAACGAAAGAAAUCAUUAAUUUCUCCGGAAUCCACUGGCAUAUUUUUUGCGUAUGCACUUACUGUGUUCUUCGUGGUAAUGGGUUUCUUCACAAUUGUGAUAGAAAACAAAUACUAUCGCCGUCAACUUAUCGAUUUUUUCCGUGGUAAAAGUUGCAAGUUACCGGCGAAGAGUAGCCCUACUUCAGUUGUAAAUGAUACAAGUUCUCAGCUGGAAAUGGGUUGCAUGAACGAUUGCAACAGUGAAGAGCAGCAAGUAAAGCAGUUACUUGCAGACAAUGAAAGAAACGGCAAUGACAAAUCCCACAAUUAUCCAUUGAUCGUUAGCGAUCUGCGCAAGAGCUAUGCAGGCAAACAUGCUGUCUGUGGUAUAAGCUUCGCUGCUAAGCCCGGUGAAUGCUUCGGACUAUUGGGUGUUAAUGGAGCCGGCAAGACAACUACUUUCGAAAUGAUCACAGCCAACAAGGUUUUGGAUAGUGGGCAUAUACAGAUUAAGGGUAUUGAUGUACGCCAGAACGAGGUGCUCUUUCGACAGCAAUUUGGCUACUGUCCACAAUACGAUGCACUCAAUCAAUUUAUGACUGCCGAGCAAUGCCUUCGAUUGAUGGCACUGCUACGUGGUCUCCCUCUCAGGUCCGAGGACAGUGGAACUACAGUGAAAAACAAUGUUGAAUACUGGUUGAAUAAAAUGAAUUUGACUAAAUAUCGUGAUGUGGCCGUGAAAUGCUAUUCGGGUGGCACGAAACGGAAACUUCUGGCUGCCAUGGCCAUGAUUGGGGAGCCACCGCUGUUGCUGCUGGAUGAACCGACAACGGGUGUGGAUCCCAUAUCACGGCGAUUGUUAUGGGAGUGCAUUAAAGACUUCCAGGCCGAAAAUCGAACAGUGGUGCUUACAUCACACAGCAUGGAUGAGUGCGAGGAGCUGUGCAAUCGACUGGCCAUCAUGGCAAAUGGCAAAUUCAAAUGCCUAAAUAACAUUUGCGCUCUGAAGCGCUUAAGCGGCUUUACAAUUAAACUGAAAAUGCGAAUCGACAUGGACUCUGAGACAAAUAUCACGAAAAUUACGGACACACUUAAAGAACACUUCAAGCAAAUGGAUCUGCGUGAGAGUCAUGCAGGCACAUUAACAUAUUUUAUUUGCACAGACGAGCAGAUCCUUUGGUCAAAAGUAUUUAAAAUAACAGAGGAAUAUUUGGGAGAAAAGCACCAAAAUCUAGUGGAGUAUUAUUCAGUAAAUGAAUGUACCCUAGAGGAUAUAUUUUUAAAAUUCGAGAGACAGUCAAAAUCAUUAACACAUUCAAGUUCGGUCUCUCAUAACUAUAUUUAAGCCUUAAAUUUGAUUAUCUAAAAAAAAUAUCAACAU